CCGUCGGCAGUCGGCUCAGGGCACCUGAGGCAAUUCUCAGGGCUUUAACCGACGGGGAGAGAUUCGAAGGUGUUCAACACUGUCCGAAGGCGCGUGGCCGAGGAUCUGAUCGGAUAGCUUCUAAGCGUGCGCACCCUUGGUCUAGACUUCAGAUAGAUAAUUUUACUAACCUGCGCACCCCCGGCACUUUUGCCUUUCGCUCUCCCUUUGGGUUUAGCUUUCGUUUCACAAGACACAGCUGAACAACAACUCUCUUUCUCUCUGCAACACAUGCGCCGAGCUCACUAACAUGCGCCAUCUUCUGUCCACCAUCACCGCCAUGCCCGUCACUUCAUCUCCUUCUCCCAAACCCAGAAAACCCUCCAUGAACCCUAAUGCUAACCCUAAUUGCUCCUUACUUUGCAAACACUCUCCCUCCGCAACCCUUGACAUUCUCAUCCUCAUCCUUGUCCUCUUCUCAGGCACUUUCCUUAUUACCUCUUACUUCUCCUACAUCGUGCAAUCUCUCUCUCUCAUCCUCCCGUCGAUCAUCCUCUCUCACUCCUUAUCCUUCCGUGAAUCGCCCGGUCCGUACAUUCUAGGGUUUCUGGUGUUCUUUGCGGUGUUCAUCGUGACAAUUGAGCUCUGCUGCGGCUAUAGGUCGAGGAAAUGUGAUAACCCGGGAUGCAAGGGUUUGAAGAAAGCGAUGGAGUUCGAUUUGCAGUUGCAGACGGAGGAGUGCCUGAAAUCGUCGUCCAAGGAGAUCGAUGUGUUGCCGUGGAAGGGUGGGAGUGAGGCGAAUCCUGAUUACGAGUGCUUGAGGUCUGAACUGAGGAAGAUGGCGCCCCCGAAUGGCCGGGCGGUUUUGCUGUUCCGCGCGCGGUGUGGAUGCCCAAUCGCGAAGCUCGAGGGGUGGGGGCCGAAGCGAGGGCGGCGGCACAAAAAGGCUCUGGCCAGUCUGGCUCUAAAUGGAGGAGGAGACAACCGUUGAUUGUUUGUGGUGGUUUCUACCAUUGGGUUCCAUUCACAUAUUUCUCCUUUACUGUCUUGUUUUGACUUUAAGAUUUUGAAUGUUCCUUUCUUCUUUCUGGAAGAAUUCACAUUUGAUUAGAACCUUUUUUUUUUUUUUUUAAAUCGUACAAACUUACUGCAGACUUUACCAAUGUCUGAAGCAACCUUUAAUGUGUCCACAUCACAGUGGAAUGUUGUCUCUCACUGCUACAAGGAUAUACCAGAUUGAUGCGAAUAAAGAUGUGAAGUAGCAAAUGGAUAUUCUAUCACUUAUUUUA